CCGGGGGGAGAGCCAGAGAGAGAGGCCCGGAGCCCCGGGGGGAGGGGGAGCAAGCAAGCAAGAGGCCCGGAGCCCCGGGGGGAGAGAGCGGGAGGCCCGGAGUCCCGGGGGGGAGAGUAAGAGAGUCCGCAGCCCCGAGAGGAACGAGAGGGCUGCCCGGAAGCCAGAGCGGGAAGCAGCCAGCGACGCAGCAGCCCCGGGGCUGUGGAAGCCCCGGACACGGCGCGUGUCGAUCGGGGGCCGUGCGGAGCCAUGAGCCAGGCCGAGGUGUCGCCGGCCGCAGCCCCGCAGCGGAUGUUCCAGGAGGCGGUGAGGCGCGGCAACACCCGGGAGCUGCAGUCGCUGCUGCAGAACAUGCCGGACUGUCACUUCAAUGUGAACUCAUUCGGGCCCGAGGGCCAGACCGCGCUCCAUCAGUCCGUCAUCGCUGGCAACCUGGAGCUGGUCAAGCUGCUGGUCAAAUUCGGAGCCGACAUCCGCCUGGCCAACCGCGACGGCUGGAGCGCCCUUCACAUCGCCGCUUUCGGCGGGCACCAGGACAUCGUCCUCUACCUCAUCACCAAGGCCAAGUACGGGGCGAGCGGCGGCCGGUGAGGAGCGGACCCCGGGCUGGGCCCCGGACUGGACUGGGCCGGCCCGCCGCCAUCUACCUCACUGGGCCGGAGCGGAGCCUCCCGGCGGCGGAGGGCAGGACACGGACUGAGCCGCGGGAGAGGGGCCAGGACUCCCGGCUUUGCGAGACAGAGCGGCCUCCUCUCCCGGGAUAGACACUGUGGGUUUGUUGUUGUUGUUUUAGCUGCGGUCACUAAUGUAACAAUAAACUCUAUAAAACAC